GAAAGAAUCACCUAAGAAGUAGGUACAUAAUUAUUUUCAAUGUCUAAAAGAGCAUCAUUAAGCCUCAAUGUGUUCCUUCUUAUAAAAUACAAUUUCCUAAAAAAGAUUCAAGUAUAAUGUCUUUUUAAAUGUUAAAAUUAUUGUGCAAUUCGUAUAUUAGACUACUCCUAUCUCAUUUUAUCAAUACGCUACACAUUUCACAGCUCCUUAGACAUUGAACCAAAAGAAGGAGUGGUGCAUGGCCCAUAUCAAAUAUUCACUGUCAAAAGUAAACUUGCUGCUUCUAAUAAUCCAUGUAGUAAGUCCUUGAACGAGACAUUGACUCUUGAACUGAACUUGGAUUAUCAGGUUUACAUAAACAUUAUUCAAACAAUUGGAAAACCCACUCUGAUCAUAAAUGACGGAAAGCCUUUGAAAUUUCCGAUGACUCAUCCACUCUGCUGUCAGACCAUCAGCGUUGGAUUGAAAAAUCCAACGAUCUGCUGUAUGAGGUAUUCUUUUGAAAGCAAUAAUGAACCACCUUCGGCAUUCAAACUCCCAAAAUUGACUAGUUUGAUCAAUGGAAAUGAAUUCAGGAAAUCUUUCUGGCAUUUCAUGCCCGUGAAUACUGGAGAAUAUGAAUGCACCGUAACAUUAUUGAUUCACAAGAUCGAUUCCGAAGAGGUUUUCAAAAGAAUACCAAUUCUCAUCAAAGGAGAAUGCAAAGCAGGCCACUUAAAGGUUGACAAAAUCAACUUCUCACUUGGUAAAACUGUUCUUGGAAGUUACAAAUCAGAGACCUUUACGAUUACGAAUGAUGGAGAAUCUACUUUACACAUUUCUCUAGGUUGUAAAACACUUUCUGGAAAUGAAUUAGAAGAUAUCUCUUUUCAUCCUGCAAGAGUAACAAUUGGUGCUGGAGAAAGUGUUCAGGUAAAGUUGAAGGCCAAGCCCGUAUGUCUAGACCAGCAUUCUCUAAAGAUAGGCUGCAAUCUUAGAAGCUCUCGAUUCUCAAGACAACCUAUAACAGAUAGUUGGAUGGAUCUAGCCACAUUUGAUAUCAUUGGAGUUUAUCCGAAAUUGAAGAUAGUCGAUGUAAGGAUUGAAUCAAUUCCAUUCCUAACCAAAUAUAACAUUUGGAAUAUUUUGGAUAUUAACAGACUCAACGAUGCUCUUGGUAAAUUGUCAUUUCAAGACUUUUCAAAAGAAAUAGAAAUUAAUCUGCCUGUACUGACAAGUCAUCCACCAUUUAACAAUAAAAUUGACAUCGUUAUGUUGAUAAAAAACGUAUCUGACUGUGGUAUCGAAUGGUCAUUGAGGAAAAAUGAUCACCAGUGUUCCUGCAAGGCAGAAGAAAAAAGAAUGGGAUUUAAUACUUUUGUGAAGAGAUUGUGUUGCGUGCAUGUCGAUAAGAUAAUAAUCAUUCCGACACAUGGGGUUUUGCAGAGUUUUGAGACAAUGCUCUGGACAGUGAGAGUCGAAUACUUUCCAUCCGGUGCACAAAAAGUAGAAUUCGCAUUGGAUUUUUUUCCUGAAAAUAGAUCAGAAUUGGGGUCCAGAUUAUCUUUGGUAUUUUCACGGGUUGCUCCAGAUGAGAACAAAGCUUUAUUCCCCUGUGACUCCACAAUAAUCAAUAACGUCAUCAACUUUGAAAUGCAACCAAUCUUCAUUAAUGAGCUCAAAUCACAAUCACAGGUGCUAUGGGUUUACAAUCCAUUCAAGCAUUCAGUAAACUAUACAAUAAGAAAAGUUCGUGGUGGAACAAAAUAUAUAAAAUGUUUGAAUCCUUCAGAAAGUGUUCAACCUUUUUCUCAGCAUCCUAUAAUUUUCUCCUACCUGCCGGUUACUAUUAAUUCUACCGAAGCAAAAUACAACAUUUUUAUUGAUAACAAGAAACAAUGCAAUUUGAUUGUGAGGGGAAGCUCACAGCUGUUCCCAGAGUACAACCCUUAUGUAUUGUGCAAGAAGAUGGCGACUGGAAAGAGCUUGAUUCCUUCAUCGAAAUUGGAAUUAUCAGUUAAUCAUAUAGCUUUUCCAGUGAUCCACCCCAACGAUGUUGUAAAACGAAUCUUCUUCAUAAACAACAAUACAGACGAGACACUUCGAUAUCAUUGGCAGAGGGUUAUUAUUAAAGGUCGACUAAAACUUGAAGUGAUACCGAAGUGUGGUAGACUCCAGCCCAUGCAAAGAAGGAUGUUGACACUGAAAUGUUCAACAAUGGGUAGAACUUGUCAUGUUCUGUCAGCAAUUGUAUGCAGAGUUGUGGAUGAGACUCGAGCUAUGAGAUAUUGCGAAAAGAAAAUUAAAUUCUUACAAGAUGAAGAAAAUUUAGCUCAAGAGUUCACAAUAACUGAGAAAGGGAUCUCAUAUCCCGUAAGUAUUUCAUCUUUAUAA